AUGGUUGCUUAUGAGAACACUUUGUAUCCCAUUAAUGGCACUGAACUUUGGGAGGAUAACCAUUUCAUACCACCACUGCCACCAAAUUUUGGAAGGGGUGCAGGGAGACCUUCUAAGGCAAGGAGAAGGGAGAGUGAUGAGAUAGUAAGAAGAAACAGUGGUCCAUCCCUUAGAAACCUAGCAAGUACUGUGAACCCAACUUUGUUUCCACCAUUGUCAAAUCAUGAAGAUGAAAGUAUGGUGAUGGAAGAAAUUCCUACACAACAGUCCCAGACACCUUUGAUGGCCACAAUGCAGAGAUCAACUCCUGGACCAUCCAUGUAUGAGCAGUUAGUCAGGGGAAACCCAGUGCAGCCUACAAGAGCCAGACAUGGAGUUCAAAUCAGAGAGCCUCCUACAUUUACUGGAGAGAGACCUAUUUUUUCUGUGGAAGCAGCAUUACAUUAG